GUGCUGUUAACAUCGUCCGUUACGGCAGUUGGCGGUGAAUCAGGCAGUUGAGCGAUGAAAAAUACGUAUUUCAUUUUCACAGAGUUCUCAGUGUAAAAGCUUGUGUGUCCAAGUGCAGCCGGUACAAAAAUGUGUUGAUAUAUACUAAAAAGAAAAAUUUUAAUAUUUUUUUUUUCAUCUCCAUACAAAGUGCCACUUUUAUCGUUCAAAAUGUAAAUAAAACAACAAGAAGAAUUUAAGAAAAAAGAGAGAAAACAAAAUAUACUCGCAAAGUGCUAUUACAUUUUUUUUAUGAAAGUGUUUUGAUGCAUAUUCUUUCUUCCGUUAAAUUUUUUUCUUCAGUCUUCAUUCGAUCGAAAUUUGAGGGAAAAGUGUCCCGUUGCAAAUAAAGUUUUUGAUAUAUACUUUGAACAACAAGCAAAAAAAAAAUUAAAAUAAAAUUAUAAAUACUGGACACAAAAGUACUGAAUAACAACAACAAUAUUAAAACGAAAAGCGAAGAAGAAAACAUUAAAUGCGGCCGCUAUUUAAUCAUUACUUAUUACGUGAAAUAUGAAUUACAAAUUAUCGCGCAAAGAAAUAAGAAACAGUUUUUGAGAUUUGAGCGUCCGCGUGCGCGCGCGAGCUCUAAACUAAAAUGAUACCGCACUCUGAGGGCUGCAUCAUAAUCAUAAGUAAACCGUACGAGUCAUAUCAUGGAAGAUAUUUAAAAUUUGAAUAUUUGUGAACGUGAUACAAAAAUAAUUGUGUGGAAAUUUGAAUUGUGGAAAAAAUAUGAGGAUUAAUUGUGUGAAAGUGAAUUAACUGAAAACUGAUAAAACUUGAGCAGAAUUGAGCUGAAAUAUAAGAAAAAAGGAGCUGAAAAAAAAUCGUCUAAAACAAUUGAAACAAAAAAAAAUUCGAAGAAAACAAAAAGAAAAGAAAAUUGAUUGAUUUUACAUAUGUGGAAUAGUGGAAAAGGAAUUUUAAGAUUUUAUAUAUGCAAAACCUAAGUGAAAAUAUUGUUCAUGCAAACUUCAUUGGCAUUGGUGUACAUUGGACAAUAACCGAAUGUGACGUUACAUACAGAGCAAAUGGGUACAAUGAGGCCAAUUAAAUACGAUGAUACCACAGCUUACCGUCUAUACCAAGAUUUUGUACCUCCUGAUGGUGGUGAUUGCGGGAUCACUUUGCAGCCGAGAACAAGUCCAUUUAUAUUCAAAAUGUGCAAACAGGUUUGUUGGGAUGCACGAAGGAAAAAUUAUAGCCAACGACGAUCCAGUGACUUCACAAACAAUUUCGAUAUCGGAUCAAAUGUCAAGAGGAAGCAUAAUUUUGGGUCCGUUAAAAUUAACCCUCUUCAUCGAAGAAGCCAAGAUGUAUUUAUGCUUCAACAAAAAAUGGCGCCUGGUUCCGUCGAAAAAGCUUCACGAAUACUGUUAUUUUUACGAAAACAUGGAAGAAGGUUACCAUCGUUUCAAAUCGGUAACCGAUGACACUAAACACAUCGGAUUCACAGCAAAUGGUCGACAAAUGACCUUUCGUAAUCGUACCAUACACAAUGAGAAUUGCUACAGUUUUACCAAAAUCACGCCGAAACAAUUGAAAGCAUCAAAAACGGCAAUGUCGUCGUCGAUCAGUACAUCGUCGGCCAAACCAAAGGUAACAUACAUGGGCAGCCCAUUAAAUGGAAUGCCGGUGGGUGAAUCGCAACAUCAAAAUCAUCAUCACCACCACCACCAAAAACAACAACAACAACAUCGGCAGCAGCCGCGGAACAAACAACAUCCACAGCAGCAACAACAACAGCACCACAAGAAGCAAAGACAUCAACGCAUAAGCAAGUCGAGUAUUAUUAGUAGCGUUAGUAGCGUGAAUAGGACUAAUAAGAAUAAGACGCAAAUUAAUUUAGUAAGUAAUCAUCACCACCAAUACCAUCAGCAACAGCAGCAACAGCAACAUCAUCCUCACAACCAUCAAGAAAAACAGCAACAGCAGCAGUUGCAUCAUCGACAUCGUCAUUCGCAAAAUAAACAUCAGCUAUCAUUUCAUGACCAAACGUCGUCACCGUCAAAAAAUCAUAACUUUCAAAGCGAUCAAAGUGAACAAAAUAGCGCGGACAUUGUUGAGCAACGAAUUCGAGCGGAACGGACAUUUCGCGACAAUAUGCACAGUGUUCGCCGUAGUCAUAGUAAUUACCAUGGUACUCACAAUAGUCGUAGUUAUCAUUAUUUGCAAAAAGUUGAUGUUGCAAUGGACGAAAUGCCAACGCACCACCAGCACCAGCUAAGCAAUGAAAUGGCAGCGGUGGCAGAAGCGUUUACCGCCGACCGGUCACUAUUUACAACAACACCGGCCACCACAACCACCACCACCACCGAAAUCGACACAACCAAUGCAAUGAAUGUUGUGCCAAAUAAAAAGGAAUUUCGAAUAAAAAAGAAAUCACACCUGGACAAGCAUCUGGGUAAUACGCAAAAAUUAAACGAACCAUAUACAACAAUGCACAGACAUCGUCAUCACCAUGGCGAUUAUCAAUCGCUUACAUCGGCACAAUAUGUCGAUAAAAUGUCGAAACAUUCCAAACGCAUACAUCAUCGACGACUUGAUGAUUUGCUAAAUAGAUCAUCUGAUCCAGUAAGAUCAGUUUAACUGAAUCCACGAGCUGGACGCAUAGAUAACAUUUUAUUAGCAGUGUGUAUAUGUGCGCCUUCGUUUUAUGGCAUAUAUAUAUACCCCUCCCCCUAUUAUUCGGCUAAUCCCACCAAAAAAACAACAACAACAAUAUACAGAAAUUAUGGUGGAGCAAGCGCAACAACCUCGCUUGAUAAUGAUAAAUCCACAGCAGAAAACAGAAAUAUUUAGAAUAUUAAUCAUCAAUCAACCGUCUACAUUUCUUUUUUUGGGUGUAAUGAACAUUUUAUAAAAGAAAAAGAAAAAUGUAACAAUAAUUAGAGAAAAAAGAAAUGAAACUGAUGAAAGCUCGUUGAAAUCGAUGUCAAUCUAAGUUUAACUUAUAUAUUAUUUGCUGUAAAAUUUAAAAAAAAAAAUGAAACUAGUUACACAAACACACGCACGCGCGCGCAUACAUACACUCUUUUCUCGCUGAUAGUUUAUUUAGGUAGUACUCUCUCACUCACUCUAUUUAUUAGUUGCUAAUUUUUAUGACAAUUGCCCAUUUUCAAACACUAUAUAUUAUUCCAGUGUAUGUAAACAUUCUUAAG